AAAAUGGAUGAAAACAAUCAGACAGUUGUGUCAGAAUUUAUUCUCCAGGGACUUGUCAACUCAAAGAAUACUCAGGUGUUACUCUUUGUGAUAUUGUUGAUGCUUUAUCUGCUCAUCAUGUCUGGAAAUACUGUCAUCUUGAUCUUAGUAAGCACUGACCGCCGUCUUCUUUCCCCCAUGUACUUCUUGUUGGCCAACCUGUCCUUUACUGAUAUGUGGCUCUCCUCAAACACCACUCCUAAGAUGAUCACAGACUUUCUCAGGGAAAACAAGACCAUUUCCUUUACAGGAUGCAUGUUUCAGGUCUUUUUUUCCCACUGCAUUGCUGCAGGAGAGAUGGUACUUUUGGUGGUAAUGGCUUAUGAUCGCUAUGUUGCCAUCUGCAAACCACUUCACUACAUCACAAUCAUGAACCUGAAGAGAUGCACUGGGUUGGUGUUGACUUCCUGGACAAUUGGAUUUGCACAUGGUAUAAGUCACUUGGCAGUGGUUGUACAGCUACCUUUUUGUGGUCCUAAAAAAAUAGACAGUUUCUUUUGUGACAUGCCCUUGUUAAUCAAGCUAGCUUGCAUAGAUUCACAUGAUUUAAAUACUUCAAUGAAUGUUGAAUGUGGGAUCGUGGCUGUAACCUGCUUUAUACUCUUGAUUAUUUCCUACAUAAAUAUCCUCAUCACUGUUUGCCGGAGCUCUAAAGCUGGUGCAUCAAAGGCAAUGAACACGUGCACUGCACACAUUGCAGUAGUGAUGAUAUUCUUUUUGCCCUGCAUCUUCAUCUAUGCGUGGCCCCUCAGUAUCCCCUGGUUAGACAAAUUUUUUGUUGUAUUUUAUUCUGUUUGUACACCUCUCCUAAACCCAGCCAUUUAUACUCUGAGAAAUAAAGAGAUGAAAAAUGCUAUGAAAAGGUUCAUAGGCAAAUGUCUGGGUCUCAAAGUAAAUUCCUAA